UAGAAGGGUAGUUUAGUCAUUUUGGAUGUCCAGGGUUUACAACUUGGCUUCAGUUCUAGCCAGGAGGCCCAGGACCAGUGAAACCAGACCGAAAACCCCAAAUCGGAUCAAACCUGAUAUUAAAUAGAUUAGACAAAAUCAAACAAACCGAAUUCAAAACGGAUCAAAACCAAAAUCAAUCAAACCCAAAAAUUUCAUUUCAGUUUCAUGGACGAUUGGUUGGCUGGGUUCAUAAAGAACGCAUGUCAAUUUCACCAUUUUAAUUCUCUCUCUCUCUCUCUCUCUCUCUCUCUCUCUCUACAAUUCUACUCUCCUUUUAAUUUUUUAACUGUCUCCUAUCUCCUCCAACCAAAGGCUUCUCUCUCUCAGGGAGUUUGUGAGCAAUGAAAGGAAAGACGAAUAAGAAGAUCAAAGGAUUCAUGUGCCAGUCACCAGCAGCAACAGCCGUGUGCAUGACCGGCGACAAACGGUCAGUCAUCGUCCCAAGGAGGCCAGACCGGUCGUCGUCCAUAAAUCGCGCUCACACAAUGCUGAUCGACUCCAACUACAAUCACCUCCUUGAGUCUCAGAGGUUCUCCCCCUUUGCUGAUAAGCAUCCCAUGAUGAGUAGACAGGUACCGCCAUUGCCAUUAUCGUCCUUCCUCAAAGAUCGAGAUCGGAAACAGAAGCCUUCUUCGCUCACUUCAUCCGCUUCCAACCCCAUCUUUCAGGUAGUAGUUAUGAGAGUAUCUCUUCAUUGCCAAGGUUGUGCUGGCAAGGUAAAGAAACAUUUAUCUAAGAUGGAAGGAGUGACAUCGUUCAGUAUAGAUCUGGAGUCGAAAAGGGUAACUGUGAUGGGACACGUAUCACCUGUGGGAGUUCUGGAGAGCAUAUCAAAGGUGAAGAAAGCUGAGUUCUGGGGUAUCAAGGAAGAAUCUUAGGCCAACAUUGGAGAUGGGGGUUGUUGGGUCAAGUGGUUUUAAUUAAAGGAAUUGGGACUUUUGAUGGGUAUGGGGAAGAGAUAGAUCUGCAAUUAAAUGUCUCUGUAAGUUAGAAACUGUUGAAAGCAAUGGGGACUGAUUGGGAUGGCUAUGUGUAGUUGAUGACACGAGCUCUUCUUCUCAUUUGAUGCU